AUGAGGGUCGACUUCAACGUCCCCAUGAAGAACAAACAGAUCACCAACAACCAGAGGGUGAAGGCCGCCAUCCCCAGCAUCAAGCACUGCCUGGAUCACGGGGCCAAGUCUGUCGUCCUCAUGAGCCACCUGGGCCGUCCGGACGGCGUUCCCAUGCCGGACAAAUACUCCCUGGGGCCCGUGGCCGUGGAGCUCAAGACCUUGUUGGGCAGGGAUGUGCUGUUCCUCAAGGACUGCGUGGGGCCCGAGGUGGAGAAGGCCUGUGCCGACCCCCCGGCCGGCUCCGUCAUCCUGCUGGAGAAUCUGCGUUUCCACGUGGAGGAGGAAGGGAAGGGCAAGGACACGGCCGGGAACAAGGUCAAGGCUGACGCGGCCAAGGUGGAGGCCUUCCGAGCCUCCCUCUCCAAGCUGGGAGACGUGUACAUCAACGACGCCUUCGGCACCGCCCACCUGACUCUAGUCCUCGGGGACGUGCCUGGUUCUUCAGGGCAGACUUCUUCACAAACUCACAUUCUCGGCUGUUUCUGGGCCUUGAAAAUUACCAUCUCCCUCAAAAUCGGAACACCCGGAGAACGGGGUGGUGAUGCAAUUCUUCCAGAGAAAGAAUCACACAUCAGGAGCCUGCAGUCCAUUGGAGAGCCAUGGCAGAGACAGAGGAAGCUAGACCAAUCGGGCUGGAACUCCAAACUGAAGGUGUUUUUGCUGGCAUUAUUUGUUGCAUUUAUAUCCAAAACGCUCUCUGGGGCUUAUAUGAAGUCUAUGCUCACCCAGAUAGAGAGACAAUUUCGCAUUCCAACGUCUCUGGUUGGAUUUAUCAAUGGAAGCUUUGAAAUUGGUGAUUUGACGAUCUCUCCUACUGAUUCCCGUUGGGUGGGAGCCUGGUGGUUCGGCCUCCUCAUCUGUGCCGUCAUCAACAUUCUCUCCGGGUUACCGUUUUUCUUUUUGCCCAAAUCUCUCACUGAGGAAGACCUCGAAGGAAAUCAGGCUGUUUCUACCAAAGCCGUGGAGAAUGAUGCGCAGAGAAGACAAAGAUAACACGCCGAUGGGGAAGCAAAAGCAAUCAUUAAAGAUUUCUUGCCUUUUUUGAGAAGUCUUUUUUCCAACCCAAUUUAUAUGCUGUUUUUAGUCACCAGUGUGGUACAAUUCAAUGCUUUCAUCAAUAUGCUCAUCUUCAAGCCCAAGUACGUGGAACUAGAGUUUGGAAAAUCGGCAUCGAUGCUCCUUUUUUUAAUGGAUGUUUACUCACUGCCUAUUAUACGUGUGGGAUAUUUAAUCGGUGGUUUGGUGAUGAAGAAAUUCAAGAUCACUGCGAAGCAAGCCGCCUCCAUCGCAUUUUUUGUAUCAUUCAGUGAAUACAUAAUUUACCUUUUGAUCUUCACCUGUGAGAAAUCCACCAUUGCUGGCUUAUCCUGGGCCUACGAAGAGGUGGAACACACUGUGCCCUUGGAAGCAAGCACCAUUGCUGACUGUAACGCUGACUGAACUAAUAUCUGGGACCCUGUUUGCGGAGACGAUGGUUUGUGUCACAUAUCAGCUUGUCUUGCUGGCUGUGAGGGAUUCAGUGGGACAGGAAUGAAUAUGGUAACCCUACCGAUUAUUUCCACUUUGAGCACGGUAUGCGGGGGUGGAGGAGAGGAGGAGGAAGACGGCCCGACCCAUCUGAUAAUAGAAAUGAGAAUAACGACGCUCUUUCCAGUGAGCCAUGCUGCUUCUCUGAAUAGAAGCCUGAGACUUGAAGAGAAAUCUCUUGGGGUUGGAGUCCACACAUUCUGCAUCAGAGUACUUGGUAAGGUUUGUUUUGGUAUUUUUUCAGUAAUUUUCAUGGAUUUUCUCAGCAAUUUCUCAAACCAAACACAGAAAAUCUACUUCAGGCUACCAGCCUUCUUGAGAGGAAUCAGCUACAUCCCCGCCAUCUUCAUCCUGCUCAUUCUGUGGCGGAGGCAACCGGGACCUGGGGAAACCCAACCCGCCACUAAGGCAGUGACCGAAGUGGAGCAGCAGGAGAGGCAGGGAUUCCUCGUCCUUCAAAGAUUCAGACUGUUGAAGGAACUGGACAAGCAAACCAAAUUCUAAUCCCCUUAGGAAAGGGGUCUCUCAGCCAGACAGCGCAUGUCUUGAUUUCAGUGUAGAGGUGUAAUGUUGUGUCACCUCUAUCCUUAAGAGCAUCUAACAGAGACCGGCCCAACCGCUAAAGCGUGGUUGAACAAUUAAUCGAUCCAGCAAUCCGUCGUA